UCUUGUUUUUCUAUUUUCUGAGCGUUUUUGUUUUCUUUCCUUUUUUCCAUUCGCAUCCAACUGCGAAACAAACAAAAAAAGCCUCGCUUUUUUCUUCUUUCGUUUGCUUUUUGCUUGCUUUUUGCUUGCUCUGCGAUUACUUUACAAAAAUGGGCAACAUUGAAGCGAGUCAACGCAGCAGCAGCAGCAGCAGCAGUGUGAAUGGGAGCGGGAGUGGGAGUGGGAGUGGGAGUAGCGUGAGCGUCGAUCGUCGCCGUCAUCCUUCACUCUCGUCGCCCUCCUCUUCCACUUCCACUUCCACGGCUUCGGCUUCGGCUGCGGCUUCGGCUUCGGCUGGGUCUGUACGGUCUCCGUCUGGCCGCUCAAACUCGUCUGCGUCUGCGCACCGCUCCUCAGUCCCAGGUGCCAGCAGCAGCUCUUCUUCUUCCUCGACUGCUGGGGCGUCAUCAUCACUGUCCUCGCCUUCGUCCGCGCCCACGCUUGCACCACGCACACCCCAACAACAACAACAGCAACAGCAACAGCAGUCUCAUACUCAUCACUCGCAGGCACCUCACGCUCGCCCAGCGUCAACACACUCGUCGGCCUCGUCCCAGCGUCACUCGACCCACUCCCAGUCGUCCGUCUCAAGCAAUGCCGCCGCCGCUGCUGCUGCUGCUGCUGUCUCCACUACUGCUUCAUCAUCAUCAUCAUCACGACAGCAUCGUGCGCCUGCCUCGGGUGGAGCGACGCCAGCACGGUCCAACUCGAGCUCAGCCGCCAGCCCGCGAACUCCCGCCAAUGCUGCCAGUAGUGCUGGAGCGUCAAGGUCGAGCUCGUCUGCAGGACCCCGUCGAUCUGCCUCAAGUGCAUCUGCAGGGUCGUCGGCACCGUCGUCGUCGUCGUCGUCGGGCGCUGGCACAACGUCGCUGAAUGACUUGUUGACGCGACUCGUUCUGAGCUGGCAAGACUCGGACAACGAUGACCGUGAUGACCAUGAUCAUGAUGAUGCGAUUGGCAGCUACGAUGGCGACGCAUUUGGCGUUGGUGCGCGAGGUCGCAGUGUAUCAACGCCGUCCAACAGGAGGUACGGCGGAUCGUCCAACAGAGACAGCUCGCUGCUAUUCCAGCCAACUUCAGCCAAGUGUCCGUCCUGCGCGUUAACGUUUGUCGACAUGGCCAAAUUGGAGCGCCACUUGGAAACUUGCCUUGCCACAGCUUGUGCAGGGUACAAUGAUGAAGUCUUGAAAGUGGACAUGAGUGCCAACAUUGAGUGCGUGAUUUGCUUUGAGAGCUUUCUCGCCGGGCAAACCAUUGCACGACUUCCGUGCCUUUGUAUUUACCACAAGCACUGCAUUGAUGAUUGGUUUAACACGAGCCGAACCUGUCCCGAGCAUCCAGGGUAGUAUCUGCGCCUUGUUUGGAUUGGUUUAAGACUUUUUCAAUUGUUUGCCUCUUGAAAGCCAAAAAACAAAAACUGGCUCCGUUCAGUUUGAAUAAUUUGUUGAUCUUUGUACAAAUAUAAAUGUAUACAUAUGGUUUCAUAACAA